AUGGACCGCGCUGAGCUAGAAGCCAAACAGAAGAGCUUGAUUGCAGAGUCCCAGCAGGUCCAGAAGGCACUUGACACUCUAAACGGUAGCAUGGGUAAAAGCCCCUCUAUGAGUGAUGUAAAGGCUCAUGAGGCCCUCACACAAGCGCGAAAAGAUACGCAAAAGGAACUCAUCCAGGUCGAGCGUGAGCUCUCUGAUCUUACGGCCAAAGGAACGUUUUAA